AGAAGAUGUUUCAGAAAUGUUUAAAUGAUUAAAAAUGAAGAAAAAUUCUCUCUAUACAUUGGUCGUCUUUAUUUCUCUCCUUAGUUUCUCUGCAGGGUUGACUUGCUACUCUUGCGGCUCAGAUUAUAAUCAGAUAAGCUGUGAUAAGUUUCUACCACAUGUAAAAGAAUUCCAAAAGGAGUGCGAUUCAUCAUAUAAUAGCUGUGUAUACACAAAAGGAGUCUUUCAGGAUGUAGAAGUAAUGAGCAGAGAGUGUGGGACUGGAGAACCGAUGAAUUCAUGUGGAACUCGAAGUUUAGGUGGAGGGGCUCGAGCAACUGUUUGCAGCUGUGCAGGGGACAUCUGUAAUAUGAACUUCACAUCAGCAUCGUCAUCCUCUUCAGCGCUGUCAUUCAUAACAGCUGCUGUUAUAUCCCUUAUUAUCGCACGUUAAAUUGACAUUUGACAUGUCUGAAGCAUCUUAAGAAAAUAUUUUUUUUGACAUUUGACAUGUCUAGUACUUAAAGAAAGUAUUUUUUAUUUGACAUUUGACACGUAUAGCAUUAAAAGAAAGUAUUUUUAUUGAUAUUUGACAUGUUUAUAGUAUUUAAAGAAAGUAUUUUUAUUGACAUUUGACAUGUCUAUCAUUUAAAGAAAGUAUUUUUAUUGACAUUUGACAUGUCUAGCAUUUAAAGAAAGUAUUUUUAUGAAGAUUUUUCUACAGGGGAGUAUCAAUGUAAUUUCUUGUAAACGAAACCCAAUUCACAACGCUACCUUUUAAACCUUUAUCUUCUAUGUAAUCAUGAUAAAUCUUAAAAAAAGAUUAUUUAUUAGCAGAUAGAAAAAACAUAGGUAUUUCCAUUUGUUUUACCCAGACAAAGGUUUCAAGGAUAUAAUUGUACCGUUGUCAAUUUUCAACUCUUUAAAAUGAAAAUAUGUCGACAGUCCUUUAUAAAGUUUUUAUUUUUGACAAAUUAAUUUAAAUCAGUUAUUUUGUAGUUGGAAACUGCACUGCUUGGAAACCAUUAUACAGUAUGUGCAAUGUGAUUAUCUUAAACUGUAUAAACAUUAUGAAAUAUAAAAGCAAACAGAGCUGAAAACUUUAGAAUAGGAUACCCUAAAUCCCGAUCGGUUAGUUAAUCGGGAAAUUAAUAACAGGAGGAGAACUAGCAUUAUUUAAUCUGGAGAUUUAGAAAAAGAGAGGAUCAAGCAUUAAUCCCGAUAUCCACAAUUCAAAAGUUCCCAGCUCAGAUAACAUACAACUUUUAAAUCAGAAUAUUUUGACCAGAGGUCGGAAUUUUUGUAUGGAUAUACUUAAUCUCCAAUUCGCUUGAUUUCGAAAUACAAGUAUAGGCACUUUUAUAUUUGAGGAUUAACACUUGAUCCCGAUCAAUCAAAGUUAUCUCUGCUUGGGUUUGAGAAAUCAAUGCUUGAAAAGUUUUGACUUAUGGAUA